GGGCCUCGGUUCGCUAGUCCGCCCCGCCGGGCCACCGCGGGGGACGCGGGAGCCACCACACGCCACUCAGUUCGCGUUGCCCUGCUCCCGCGGGCGUUCCCAGGACAGUUACCGCAGAGGCCCAGGCUCGGGGCCCGGUGCACGGACGCGCUCGGCUGCGCGGCAGGGUCCCUCCAGAAGAGGCCCCGUUCGUCGCGACAUUCGGGGGCGCUUUCAGGAGGAUCCUGCACUGAUCUUGGUUUGUGAGAACGUAUCUGAGAGUCCGUAUUAUGGGCGCCGCCGUUGAGCCUGCUGCUUCUUCACUCCUGAACAGUUAGAACCCCAAGCUGGCUUCACUACUCCCAACGGAAACGAGCGUGCACCGGACUGUGCCCCAGGGUACCGGGCGCACGAUCACAUCUGCGUAUUCUCAGCACCAUCCCAGUUAAUGACCUUCUGGCCAUCUUUUCAUUGAAUAACACUUAGGUGAUUAACUCAAAUCCGGUUCUCAGCAUUUUGUCAGACCCAGAAAAGAGACAGCUAAAGAGGAAGCCCCCCAGUCCGUUAGGGAGUCAGCUGUUAAGUGCGUGAAGAAAGCGUGUUUAUGUAUAGCUAGUGGUACUGGGCUCUCUUCACUCCAGAUGAGCAGCAACAGCAACAAGAGAGCUCCGACAACAGCAACCCAGAGGCUGAAGCAGGACUACCUUCGGAUUAAGAAAGACCCGGUGCCUUACAUCUGUGCUGAACCCCUCCCUUCAAACAUCCUUGAGUGGCACUAUGUUGUCCGAGGCCCUGAGAUGACCCCUUAUGAAGGUGGCUAUUAUCACGGAAAGCUGAUUUUCCCCAGAGAAUUUCCUUUUAAGCCUCCUAGUAUUUACAUGAUAACACCUAAUGGAAGGUUCAAGUGCAACACAAGGCUGUGUCUCUCCAUCACGGACUUCCACCCUGACACGUGGAACCCAGCCUGGUCCGUCUCCACAAUCCUGACCGGACUGCUGAGCUUCAUGGUGGAAAAGGGCCCCACCCUGGGCAGUAUAGAGACAUCAGACUUUACGAAAAGACAACUGGCAGCACAGAGUUUAGCGUUUAAUUUAAAAGAUAAAGUUUUUUGUGAAUUAUUUCCUGAAGUUGUGGAGGAAAUUAAACAAAAACAGAAAGCACAAGACGAACUCAGUAGCAGGCCGCAGACUCUCCCCCUGCCAGACGUGGUUCCCGAUGGGGAAACCCACCACGGGCAGAACGGGAUCCAGCUUCUCAAUGGGCAUGCGCCUGGUGCUGGCCCGAACCUCGCAGGGCUCCAGCAGGCCAACCGGCACCAUGGACUCCUGGGUGGCGCCCUGGCGAACUUGUUUGUCAUAGUUGGGUUUGCAGCCUUUGCCUACACGGUCAAGUACGUGCUGAGGAGCAUCGCACAGGAGUGAGCCAUGGCCCAGUUGCUGCAGGGGACGCAGGUGCCAGAGUUUGACUUGGGCCAGCAGGACGUGCUGCCGAGCCAGGGCAGGCCCACCAGGCUCCUGGGCUUCACUUUUUAAAAACCUUAAAAGGAAAGCAAAAACCAAAACGUGUGAUUUGGAGGAAACAAGAUUCUCAGCUUCUCUUCUCAUCCAGUGAGGUGUCUACCGGGGGCUGGCAUCGCCGAGGGCGGCUCAUGCUUUGGUUUUAUAGCUUAUCUCCUGUAUUGUCUCUUGGACCUGUUUAGUAAACCUGUUUUUCAUUUUAUUAGAUUUGGUCACUUAAAAAUAUAAAAUUCAAUGCCUGUCUAGUACUCUGUGUGCAUCCUUAGUGGAGCUCUCGACUCCCCGAAGGCUGAAGUUAGAGGGUGGGUGGGGCUGGCACUUCGAACCCUGUACAGGGGUAGGGCCACAUUGGCUGGCCGGCCACAGCCAGGGACAGGAGUCCAGGAGAGGAAGUUUGGACUCAUCCUAAAAGUGUGUUUGGGGUCAUUUAGAAUGAAACAUUCCUUCUAGAAAGUGCUUAUUCAUUUCUCUGCCAUGGUAGAAGACUGCUGUUCCUCUGGCCACAAAGAAUCAACCUUUACAUAGAGCCACUGUGGCAAUUGCGGAGGCAGGGUGGCCUCUAGAGCCAGCCUGUGUGCCUCAGCCUCAUUCUAAUCUGCCUCCUUCCAGCUCCUCAGGUGCUGUGGGGCUGCAGGUCCUGUGUCGUGCAGAGCCUUUUCUCUGAAUUCUCACGCCCAGCUGGCCAGAGCCUGUCUUCCUCCUGUGCAGGAGGCUGGAAACCCAAGGUCCUGUGGGCUGGUGCUGUGCACAUUGGGGCUUCCCUCUGCUGCUCCAGUUCUUUCGUGAUGGCCCACAGCGCCAGGUCAUGGAAGGGGACCUGCCCCGGGCCGUGCCUCUUGUUGGUCCGCCUGGCCUCAGCCUGGGCUGGCUGUGUGAUUCCCUAGGUGUCCCUCAUUUCCUUUUCUCAGCCUUUUGUGUUUAGUGACGCCAUGCAUCCAUGCUCGGAGGAUGCAUCACAGAAAACCAACAUCUGUGAGGCGCCAGAUGGGGGCAGUGCCGCUUUGUCCCAGGGCAGACACCACGUCACCACUGGCGCCCUCCUCGUUCCAGUGUUGAGCAGUAGAGCUGGAGCGCACCUGUGUGCUCAUCUCUGCUUUGUUUUCUGGUCAGUUUAUUUAAAAUUGCUCUGUCAUUUACCACUUGUUAUGUAUUUGACCCACUCUUGUGAAAAACCUUUCGUUGUCCCUUUAUUCCUAAACCCCACACUCUGUGCUGUGUUAGUGCAGACGUGAGUUCUCACCUGGUGGCUCAGAGCCAGUUCUGGUGACAGAGCCUCACCUCCCAGCGGGUCCCUGACCCUGUGUCUGUGCUGCCUGCCUGGCCCGGGGCUGUGGUUCCAGAGGUGCCUGUGUGCGGCCAGAGCCCGCACACACACCAGUGCUGGAUGCCAGCUACUCAAGUGAGGGACCUCAGUGGCCCUUGGUGCCAGUUUCCUGAGCCUCCCUGGGGCAGAGUGCUAGCAGACUUAGAGUGGACCUAAAGCGUUAUUUUCUGUAUGUGAGAAUCUCAACUUUCAACAGCUCUUGGUCAGUGGAGAUGGACCCUGUGGUGCCCACAGCGUGCUGCCUGCACUGACCCAAAUAAAAGGUGACAUUUGUCCUGUUGGA